AUGUCUCUCCUAAUUUUUGUUCCAAACCUAUUUUUCACUCUAGUUGAAGAUGUAAUAAAAUACCUCGACCCUCAGUACAUUGAUAGGAUGGCUGUUCCAGACGCCAUAAAGCUGCAGUUCAUCUUGGCAGAGGAGCAGGUUAUUCCUUCCCGAGCAGCCCUUCUGGAGCAGGUGAAGAACCUCCAGCCCAUCUUGGACAGUGCCAGUAUCCAAGCGGUUCCUGACCAUGCAGCUAAACUACAGCGACUCUCUCAAAUCCACAUACAGCAGCAGGACCAGCGUCAAAAUCUCGCUGACGGUGUCAAGAUGCUCCUCGAAGACUACAACAAAAUAACCCUGCUUCUCUCCAAGCAGUUUGUCCAGUGGAAUGAAAUACUGGCACGGCUGGAAGCGGCCAAGGAAGCGAAACCUGUGGUCGAGUGAUGGCAGAGCUGGGAGCAUGGGGAACCCCGGGGACCCUG